CGUGGCGCCCAUGAGUGUAUAUAUGUGCGCGGUCUGGUGUCGCGAGUUUUAUUGUAUUGUUGUAUAGUGCUUGAAUUAGCGAAAAAAAAAGAAUCGACGCUGACGAAGACGUCGCGUAUAAGACGAAACACAGAAACAGAUGCGAAUGCGAUGGAAGCGGGGCAGUAGCAGCGAGGCGUUGGUCUUCGAUAAUUACCGCUGUCGCCGUCGACGCCGCAUUAAUUUGCUCUCGUGAUAAUUGCGCGUGAUUGUUCGGAAUUAUUAAUUUGUCAAAUGAAACAAACGAAUUUGCAGUAUUUUUUUACCCGACAGAAGACUACUGUAGACUCGGUACGCGGUUCAAUUUUUUUUUUUGCAAGAACGACGCUGGUGGUGUUGGUGCGAGAAUACGUGUUUUGUUCGUUGAAAUUUGUUUUAAAAGUGCGGUGUGACGUAGUUUAAAAGAAUAACGAAUGUUUCAUUUAAAGACACCUAACUACUGUUGUAUCUACCUACCUACGUAGUUUGUGCCCCUAGUGCGAAGUGCUCAUCGUGUCGAACCUAAUCCUAUUGGCUAUUGGCUUUUGGCUUCCACUGUAUGUGUAGGUAAUUUGCAGAUACACCCUGAAGUACCUGGUGCUUACUCAGCGAACCGCACAUAAAUGUAGGUACCUACACAAGGAAGUCUUUUUCAGACCUAUUAUUUACAUCAAAUGGAGCCAGCUUCGUGGAAUAACAACUCGAGUAGCAUUAAUAACAUAAACAACAACCACAACAGCGACAAUCACCACUACAUUUGCAACAGUCAAUUUUGCAAGAACAAUUACUACGGUAGCGGAGACAUUCGAUGGAAACGUGACCAACGACCGGGUGCAGGCUCAAAUUCGGGUGCGUUUUUUCCAAAUUGCAAUAAUUAUCGUCGCUGGAAUGCGAUGGCAGCAGCCGCAGCUUCUCUGCCGAUAACGGAAUUCGCUAGACCACCGUACGAAAUGCCUCCGCCUUCGGCUCGCCGAAAAUAUCUGCAAAGAUCGCUCACCAGUUCGGAAAUAUUAGCGCCUACCUACAAAUACGUGCCUUCGAUUCCUAGUGCCAAACUAAUGAAGAAUUCUUUUUGCACCAAUUCGAAUAAAUCCAUACACGGCAAUGGUAGUGCCGCAGCUGGAAAUGGAUACGAUACCCACACGUUGCCAUCUGCUUAUCAUACUAAACGAGACAAUGGACAUCGAUUGAUAGUGAAUCAGAUUGCAGACAAGGAUGGCUUCUCAGAAUCAACUUCAAACGUAAACGCAAACGCGAAUCAAGCUCAACCUUGUUCAAUUUACUCGUCGGAGAGUGAAACUAGCAUAGGACCCAAAGUAUCGAGCACGAUUAGCACAUUACCAAUGGGCUCUCCCAAACAUUCGGAUGACUCUUCAGGACUAAAGCCAUCUUUCGAAUCGCAGUUCUCUUUGAUGGCAAGAAGUCAAUGCUGUCAAAACUGUCACAUUUUCAAUUCGUCUAACCGUAAAGGAACCGGUGGCGAUGAGUGGCAAUCUCAGAGCACGGUGGGCGAAGGACAUUUUACAACUGCAGACGAAAGCAACGACGGCGGCUUAUCCUGGAGACGUUUACACAUGAGCAGAGCGAAACUAAAGGCGACUGCCACUACUUCAGAACUUUUAUCUGGUUUUGCGAUGGUGGCCAUGGUGGAGCUGCAAAUAAACGAGCCAACCAACGUUCCCGAAUGGUUGUUCAUCAUGUUCUCAGUAUGCACCACUGUACUAGUGGCAGUGCAUAUUUUCGCGCUCAUGAUCAGCACGUAUUUGCUACCGAAUAUCGACGCCGUCAGCAAACUGCAGUCCGCCAAGUUGGUAACCGAAUCGCCCCACGAGCGAAUGCGUGGCUUCGUCGAACUAGCCUGGGCCUUUUCCACCGUACUAGGAUUGUUUCUGUUUUUGGUCGAGGUGGCCAUAUUGUGUUGGGUGAAAUUUUGGGAUUUCUCAUUUCGCGCCGCUAUGGCCGCCACUAUCAUCGUCAUUCCAGUUUUGAUACUGUUUAUUAUAUUCGUGUUUCAUUUCUAUCGUACUUUAGUCGUACAUAAAUGUAAAUCUACCACCCUCGAUAUUAACGAAUUGGAAGAAAUGAGGAAGAAAUUGGAUCACGCGUCAUCGGCGGCCUGAAGGCAAAUGCCUCUCACGCACGAUUCGUCGGGAGAGAUGAUCAUCACACAAUUUUUAAAAAAACAAGAUACUAAACAGUACCUGAAGCAAAUGUAACGUUAUUGUUUGAUGUUUUACCAAUCUUCAAUUCUACAGCAUGUACAACUCAUGAAGAAUUGAAGAAAUCUUUCAAACGAAUGUUUCAUUUGAUUUACCCUUCGGAAUAAUCAAUUUGAACGAAAACACAAAUUUUCGUAAUUUCUUCCCAAGACAGAUGGGUACGCGUAUACCUAUUUGGAUAUUUAAUGCCUUAGUUUCUUAAAAAACUUUCACAUACCUACUCGUCGUAAUUUCCUGAAGUGAAAUCUGUACUCAUUUACGAGAAUGCACAUAAGUAGGUGUGAUAAUGUAUGUAUCCUAUUCCUAUUUCCUACAACAUAUUUGUAAUUUAUGCUUUAAUGUAUACCUAUCAAAUUAGACAACAUUUUCCACCAUCUGUAAGCUGUACUUUUUAUUUUACCUAAUAAAUUUCUCGCUUAUCGUA